GUUAACGGUUCAACAUCAUCGCACUGAAGUGAUCUGCUAAGGCAGUGCAUGCUGAACCUUCUGCUGCCCAAGAGAACAAAACGGAUAUUCACAAGUCAACCAUCAGUUUCUCUUCGUGUUAUCUCACAAGGGCUCAACAGCAGACGGAUUUCUUUCUUUUUUGGUAAAUGAAGUCCCACCAAGUGUGGGACGGAGAAGCGACGGCGGCCCUGCUGUAAAAGAAACGCUUCAAACUUUUGCGAAUAAAUAUAAUUCUCAGUGGCUUCAAGUGGCGGACUUUGAUUUUCCCAGCGGCGUGUUUGGAGUCGUGCUGGGUUGGCAGAAAUGGGGACGCGGAUACGUGCCCAUAAACUCACUCUUUUUAUCAUCCCUUUGAUAUUUACAUCGCAUGUGUUUAAUGUGGUUCAGAGCUCUAAAGUGUGGGAUGAGGUGCCCUUUCCAGAGGAUUUAGAGGAGGAAAACAAGCGGCCGGGAGGUUAUGUGGAUGAUGAAGAGUACUAUGAUCCUUCAGGAGAUAUCAGUGGAGAAGAGGAUGGAAGCACUCCCGAGCCGAGCACGGUUGAACCAGGCAUACCCAUAACAAUUUACUAUCGGGCACUGGUGAACUUCACAAACUCAUUCCAGUAUGGGCCUGAACUUGAUGACAUCUACUCUCCUGCUUUCAUAGAGAUAUCAUCUGCUGUCUUCGAUACGCUUGAGUCUGACUACAACAGGAUACCAGGACAGCAGACAGUCAAUGUGGUUCUCAUUAAGAAAAUUGGCAAAGAUGUGUUUGUGGAGCUGGACGUCGGCUCGGAUAAUAACUCUAAUGAAACACAGAUCAGAGAUGUCCUGUUCUCAGUGGUUAAAGAGGGCACCAUUGCCUCUUACGAUACCUCAGUAAUAGGCUUCCAGUUCAGACGGCUUGGAGAAGCUGAUACUCCUCCUCCUGUGGAGCCCAUCGUUGUGCCAGUGAUUCCCAGUGCCAGAGAAUGUUUGUCAGAUGAGUUCAGAUGUCAGGAUGGGCUUGCGUGUAUCCCUGUGGAGUAUGUGUGUGACAAACGGCCUGACUGCAGUGACUUAAGUGAUGAAAUGAACUGUGGUGUUCCUGUACGCCCUACUCCAUCUACGCCUCCUAAAACCAGACCCCCACCUGGCCCAGGACCCUGCCGUGCAGACCAGGCCGCCUGUCAGAACGGACAGUGUAUCUCACGGGACUACGUGUGUGAUGGUGAAACGGACUGCUCUGAUGGCAGCGACGAGUUCAAUUGUGGAACUCCGUCUCCCUGUGAACCCAAUGAGUUUAAGUGUCAGAACGGCCGCUGUGCCCUGAAACUGUGGCGUUGUGAUGGGGAUAAUGACUGUCAGGACAACUCCGAUGAGAUGAACUGCCCCACUAAACGUCCAGGGGACACAUGUGCCCCAGAGCAGUUUGUGUGUUUGUCUGACCGCACAUGCAUUCCUGCCAGUUACCAGUGUGACGAGGAGCCGGACUGCGCCGACCGCUCUGAUGAAUAUGACUGUGCACCUCCCACUGUGACCGUCCCGCCAGAAGAGUCCAUCACAGCAGCGCGGGGAGACACUGUGACCUUUACUUGUUCUGCCAUUGGUGUACCUGUUCCCAUCAUCACAUGGCGUCUUAAUUGGGGACACUUACCAACCAAUAGCAGAAUCACAAUGAGCAAUGAGAAUGGGCGAGGAACGAUCACCAUCCGUGACGUGAAGGAAGGUGACCAGGGCGCGUACACCUGUGAGGCCAUCAACGCUAAAGGCCUAGUGUUUGCCAUUCCUGAUGGGGUCCUCAGCCUGUCUCAGAGACCAAACCCAGUUGUGUCAUCCUCUCUGUAUGUGUUAGCAGGUAACUGCCGUGAUGGGCACUUUAGCGUGGGCGGUCACUGCAUGCCAUGCUUCUGUUUUGGCAUCACAAAGAACUGUCAGAGCACCGGUCGCUACCGCAGCCAAAUCACACUGCGCUUCACAGAGGAGGAUGACUUCAAAGGAGUCAAUGUGUCACUUCCGAAUCAUCUAAGCACUCCACCACAUCUCUCCAACACUCAGAUGUUGAUCAAUCCAGAGAGUGAGGAGUUCCAGCUAGUGGAUCUGUCUCGCCAUUUCCUCGAUCAAGACACCUAUUGGUCUCUGCCUCGCCAGUUCCUGGGCAACAAGGUCGACUCGUAUGGAGGCUAUCUGAAGUUUAAGGUGAGUUACUCACUGCAGCGAGAUGGAUCGCAACCAAAGGAGAAACCUGAUGUUGUGCUGAGCGGCAACGGGCAGAAAUGUAUUUACCGCAGAGGCGACCCCACUUUACCUGACACAAUCAACCAUAGAGAGAUCAAGUUUACAGAGGAAAACUGGCAGCACUCUUCAGGACGAGCAGUAACUCGUGAUGACCUCAUGAUGACCUUGGCCAAUUUGGAGAGCAUCCACAUUCGCACCAUUUAUGACAACCGCAUGGCCAGUGUCAGUCUGAGUGACAUCAGCAUGGAUACCACCAGCAAAGAGUUCACCCUGCAGGGGAACCCGAGAGACGUGGAGGAGUGCAGAUGUCCUGCUGGGUAUUCAGGCCUGUCUUGUGAGUCCUGCUCCCCUGGUUUCGAGCGGGCACCUGGACCCUACCUGGGCAUCUGCGCUGGCUGUAACUGCAAUGGUCAUGCCAGUGCCUGUGACCCUAUUAGUGGACACUGUCUGAGUUGUCAGCAUAACACAGAAGGACCUCAGUGUGACAAAUGCAAGCCUGGCUUCUUCGGUGACCCAAGUCGAGGACGAUAUGAUGACUGCAAACCUUGUCCUUGUCCAUACACAGAGACGUCUCGACGGUUUUCAGAUACUUGCUUCCUGGACCAUGACAACCAGGCAACAUGUGACGCCUGCAGACCCGGUUACACAGGGCGACGUUGUGAGAAAUGUGCUCCAGGAUAUGAUGGCAACCCUAUUCAGCCCAACGGCAAAUGUGUCCCUGCUGCUAGCCUGAUUUCCAAGUGUGAUAACAGAGGAACCAUCAAUCCCAUCAGCAAACCAUGCUACUGCAAGGCCAAUGUGGUUGGUGCUCUUUGUGAUGAGUGUAAGAAUGGCGCUUUUAAUUUGGCGGCUGAUAAUCCUGAAGGUUGCUUGCAGUGUUUCUGUAUGGGAGUUACAAAACAGUGUGCCAGUUCAACCUGGAGCAGAGAUCAGGUUCGAGGUGGUGUCAAUGGCCAGCUCUUCACCCUUUCCAAUGCAGCAAACACUAGGACCAUCUCUGAGGGCAUCACCCAGAGAGCAAGUUCAGAGGUGGUCUACCGAUCCUUCACCAGUAUCCCUAAUGACAUCUACUAUUGGGUCCUGCCUCAGACUUUUAGAGGGGACAAGGUCACAGCAUAUGGUGGAGAACUGCAGUACAGGAUGCAUUAUGAGCCACAGGCUCGUUCACUAGUGAUUGAUAGACGACCUGAUGUGGUUCUCCAAGGCAGUGGCAUCUUCCUGGAGCAUUAUUCACAGAACAAACCACUUCCUAUAGUACCAGCCACCAUCACCGUGCCUUUUAGAGAGUCUGCAUGGAGACGGUCAGAUGGACAGCCAUGUACUAGAGAGCACCUGCUGAUGGCUUUGGCAGAUAUCAGCAUAUUUAUGAUCAGAGCGACUUAUGCAGACAAUAUGGCUGAGAGCAGUGUCUCCAAUAUACAAAUGGACAUUGCAGUGCCCCACUCUACAGGAAACGAGAGGGCUCUGGAGGUGGAGGAGUGCGCAUGUCCUCAAGGAUACACAGGACCUUCUUGCCAGGACUGUGAUGUCGGCUACACCCGUACACCGGGACUUUAUCUUGGCACCUGUGAGAAGUGUGACUGCCACGGGCAUGCCAGCGGCUGUGACUUAGCGACUGAAGAAUGCCUGAAUUGCCUACAUAACACGGUUGGGAGCCGUUGUGAAAACUGCCUCCCUGGUUUCUAUGGAAAUCCAAGGACUGGUGAUCCACAGGCAUGUAGACCCUGUCCUUGUCUAGGACACUUCAGUAGCCAGCCUUCAUCUUGUUACUUGGACUCAGAUGGACAGCCCACAUGUGAAUGUCCUGCUGGUUAUACUGGAAGACGCUGUGAAAGAUGUGCCCCAGGAUAUACUGGCAAUCCCCAACUUGGACAAAGAUGCACUGAAGUCGGCAGUAAUGGUGAUUGUUACCGCUGUGACCAAAGUGGAAGCGAAGGAUGUAGCGCAACUGGAAUCUGUCGCUGCAAGAUGAACGUUGAGGGUUCAACAUGUUCCACUUGCAAGCAAGGGACCUUCUACCUCAGUCCUGCUAACAAAGAUGGCUGUCUGUCCUGCUUCUGCAUGGGCGUCACCCAGCAGUGCUCCAGCUCCAGACACUAUAGAGAUGUGGUUUCCACCAUUUUUGCCCCUGGCAACUACCAAGGUUUUGCUCUUGUAAACCGCCAGCGCACCAACCGCAUUGACAGUGGCUUCUCCAUAGAGCUGUCCACAGAUGGAACACAACUCUCCUACACUAACUUUAACUAUCUUGGACAGGAGCCACACUAUUGGCAGUUACCCAGCGCCUAUCAGGGAGACAAGAAGUCUUACUCUGCUCGAACUAGACGAGCACACAAGCAUCCUGCUGAUGAAGUACGCAAACUUGAUGAUGAAAUCUGGUCAAUCAUCACUAAUUUCUCCAAUGGGCAGUCUCCCUUCUCUUUCUCUUCAUCCUCUCAAACUUCCCAUUCUUCAUUUGAUGCCCAGAGUUCUCUAUCUCGGUCAAGUGUGCGUGCCCCUUCUUUCCAUUCUGGUAUAACUUCCUCUUUAAGGGCCUCUGAGUCCCAUUCAAACGACCCAGGCCAUUCCUCUCACCCUGACUCAUCUCAGCAGGUGGAACAGAGAAAAAACACUGUUGGUCUCCCUAGAGGUCCACGACCUGGCCCUUCUAACAAGUAUGUUUUGGUCUACAAUGGUUUCAGCUUGCACCCAGAUGACGUGCUCUUCUGGCAGCUCCCGGAGCAGUUCAAAGGGGAUAAGGUUGGUGCAUAUGGUGGAAAGCUGAAAUACACCAUCUCCUAUGUACCAGGACCCCGAGGUUCUCCAAUAGAAGAUGCUGAUGUUCAGAUUAUUGGUAAUGACAUCACGCUGGUGGCACGGCAACCAUGGAGAAGGGGGCAUGGAGCCAGAGAGUCACAGGACUUUGAGAUUGUUUUCAGAGAGGAACACUGGCAGCGUCCCGAUGGCAUGCCGGCAACCCGGGAGCACCUGAUGAUGGUGCUCGCGGACCUCGAUGACAUCUUGAUCCGUGCUUCGUAUCACACAGAGAUGCACUCAUCCAGUAUUUCGGGGGUCCGCAUGGAUAUCGCUGUGCCCGAGUACACUGGCCUGGCCCAGGCUUUGGAGGUGGAGCAGUGCCAGUGUCCUCCUGGUUACCAUGGUCUGUCCUGCCAGGACUGCGCUCCUGGAUACACUCGCACAGGAGGGGGCUUGUACCUUGGCCACUGUGAGCUGUGUGAAUGUAACGGCCACACGGACUCCUGUCACCCAGAGACUGGCAUCUGCACGAACUGCCAACACAACACCAAGGGUGAGCUCUGUGAACAGUGUGCUGACGGCUUCUUUGGAGAUCCAACUGCUGGAACCCCUGAGGACUGCCAAGCAUGUGCCUGCCCCGGCACUGACCCUGACAACCAGUUCUCUCGUACCUGUGAAAGUCUGGGUAACGGAGGCUACCAGUGCACUGCCUGUCAGCCCGGCUACACUGGCCAGUAUUGUGAACGCUGUGCGCCUGGUUAUGUUGGAAAUCCACAAGCAAGAAUCCCCUGCCGUAGUGUUGCUGCGUCUCUAGUGGUGAAGGUGUAUCCAGAAAGGGUUCAGGUGGCGCAGGGAAUCCCAGUCACUCUCAGGUGCCAGGUGUCUGGAUAUCCACCACACUAUUUCCACUGGUCCCGUGAGGAUGGACGCCCAAUCUCCAGCACAGCAGAGAGACGCAGACAAGGAGAGGAGUUGCAUUUCCCCAGUGUGCAGCCUAGUGAUGCUGGCAUUUACAUCUGCACCUGCCGAGACCAGCGCAGCUCCAAUAGAAGCAAAGCAGAGAUUGUUGUUACAAGCACCAGUGCGCCACUCUCACUGAACCUUCUGGAGACUCACUUGACAGUAUCUGCCUGUCCAUCAUUCACAGAGGCUUCUCAGUCACAGAUGUUUUACACAGCCUAUGAGAUGUUUGAAGGACAUAGAAAGCCUACUGAAGGGGCCCAGCCAGUGGCCACAGUAAAUCCACCUGUGCUGACAGUCAAACAGGGCCAGCGGGCAGAGUUCCGCUGCACAGUGACUGGCAACCCCACACCUGCUGUGGAAUGGAUAGGAGGUCCCGGAAAGCGAAUCGGCUCAAAAGUCGUCAUUCGUAACGGGCUGCUGACCAUCCCAUCGGUGGAUCACUUGGAUGACGGCGAGUACAUUUGCAAGGCCCUGAACACACAUGGCGAGCACACAGCCCGAGGAGUUCUUCAUGUUCAAAGUACAAGUCAACCUCACGGUCUACCCCACGUACAAGUGAGCCCUCCACGGGUGGAAAUUCACGAGGGUGAGACUUUACGGUUGUACUGCAGGGCCGUUGGCAGUCCCACCCCUGCCCUCACAUGGAAGAAGAGAGGUGGUUCACUGCCGCCACAGGCAAUUCCUUCUCACGGUUUCCAUCAGUUUAAAAGCAACAGUCUCGAUGUGUUACAGAGACGUAUUGAGGAGCUACAGGCCCACCUGGAGCGCACUGACAUCGGCACUCUGUUCGUACCCAAUAUCAGGUCGUCUGAUGCAGGCACAUAUCUCUGUGUUGGAACCAACACUGUUGGUUCCUCAGAAGCUCAUAUUGAGGUCUUUGUCAAAAGAGGAGAAAUCAUCCCCUCUGGAGUCACCAUCCAGCCCUCUAUUGCUUCUGUAAUAGAGGGAGAGACUCUAGAUCUCAAUUGCAUCGUCCCAGGAACCUCUCCAGCAUCUGUCAAAUGGAGCAGGGCAGGCGGCUUGCUGUCAUCCAAUCAUCAGGUUUUGGGAACUCAGUUGCGGAUCCUGCAGGCCUCUGCAGAUGACACUGGAGAAUAUAUCUGUCAGGUCGAGGGCGGCCCAUUCCCCCGUCAGGCUUCUGUAUCUGUGUCUGUGACGUCCAGCUCCUCCCGUCUCCAGAGCCCCAUUAUCUCCAUUGAGCCUCAUAGCGCAGCAGUGAAGCAGGGCGAGUUAGCGAGCUUCAGGUGCAGGGUCCACAGCGGAGCCCAGCCGGUGCGUUUGGAGUGGAAACCCACCAACAACCUGCCUCUGCCAGAUAAUGUGAAAAUUGGACCUGACAAUUCAGUCAUGACUAUUACCAAUGCUCAAGCCAAAAACCAGGGCACCUAUCGCUGCGUGGCCAGCAACCUGUUCGGAAUGACCCACAGCAUUGCAUCACUCAUUGUGAGAGAAUCACCUAAGGCUGUAGUGACCCCUGCAGGACCGGUGCGAAUCAGGAUCGGCGAUCCCAUCAAUCUCGAAUGCCAGGCUGCUGGAGAGCCAAGACCCUCUGUCAGAUGGCACAGACUGGACAACAACCGCAAGACGAUGCUGAGCAGCCCCGUGCCUGCCGAUUCCAGUGCUGUCAUGCAGAUCUUAGUUGCACGGCCUGAAGACAGUGGCACAUAUGUGUGCACUGCACAGAACAACCAAGGCACAACUGAAACUCGAGUGGAGGUGUUUGUUGAAGGAGGGCCUCAGGUGCCAACUGUUCCCCGUGCCAGCGUACGUGAGCCUAUGAUAGUUGUGGUAGAGGGAUCAACAACAACACUUCAUUGUGAUGCCCAUGGAUUCCCAAAGCCCACCAUCACAUGGUCUAAAGAACGGUCGUCUUUGCCUUGGAGACACAAAAUUGUUGACAACAGCCUGAUCUUAACUAAUGUGGGCCGUCAGGACUCUGGUCAAUAUGUCUGCAACGCUACUAACCACAUGGGCACCAGUGAAGUCACAAUCAUGCUGGAAGUAGACACCCCACCCUAUGCCACUUCCUUGCCCGAUGACGUGUCUGUGCGAGUGGGUGAAGUAAUCCGACUGCAAUGCCUGGCCCAUGGCACCCCACCCCUGCGUUUUGAGUGGACCAAGGUCAAUGGCAGCUUGCCUCCUACUGCUCAGCAGCAAGGAGGAGACCUCCAGAUCAACCUGGCCAAGGAGAGCGAUGCUGGGACAUACAAGUGUGUGGCCAGCAACAAGGUUGGCAAGAGUGAAGCGCUGGCCAGAGUGUCUGUCCGAUCACCCCUGUCAGUGAAAGUGUCCCCACAGGUGGAAGUGAAGGCUCUGGGCAGCGCUGUGGAGUUCACCUGUGCUGCUAAAGGAGGGUCUCACAUUGAGAUUGAGUGGCUGAAGGAGGGAGGAGUUCUUCCGCCAAAUCAUCACAUUAAAGACGAAGUGCUCAGGAUCGAGAACCUUGAGCAAAGCAAUGAGGGAAUCUACACCUGCAGAGCUACAAGUCUGUUUGGACAGGCUCAGGACAGUGGCAAACUCACCAUUCAAGCUCUACCCAAAGUGAUGAUCAACGUGCGCACACCAGUACAGACGGUGAUGGUGGGCAACUCAGUGGAGUUUGAGUGUCAUGCGAUCGGUGAUCCUGAGCCCACGGUGCGCUGGAGUAAAAUGGGAGGCUCUCUUCCAGAUCAUGUGGAGAUAAGGGGGAACAUCCUGAGGAUAGAUCAUGUGGUCGAAUCAGAUUCAGGACAGUACCGCUGCACCGCCACUAAUAAUGUUGGCUCGGAGUAUAACCAGGUGGUCCUUAAUAUCCAGUCCUUGCCUCAGAUUUCUGCACAGCCUGAGUCAAAGGAAGUAACAGUUGGCUCUGAUGCGGUCUUGCCUUGCAUUGCGUCUGGAUACCCAGUCCCAACCAUCACAUGGUCAAAGGUGGAGAAUGAGUUACCCCCUAAGUGCAGACAAGAUGGACAUGUCUUGACAGUCCCUGGUGUCACACACUCAGAUGCAGGAACAUAUGCAUGUACAGCUGCUAAUAAACAAGGGAAAGUUGAGGCCUUCACCAGACUCGUUGUUCAUGAGAGAGUGAUGCCCUAUUUUACCCAGGAACCACUCUCGUACCUCACACUCCCCACUAUCAAAAACCCCUACAAAGCAUUCAUCAUCAAAAUUACCUUCAGGCCGGACAAUGUUGAUGGGCUCAUUUUGUAUGCCGGUAUGAUUCUUUAUAAUGGACAAAGGAAGACCACCGGCGCUGAUUUCAUAUCUUUUGGGUUGGUGGGUGGCCGUCCUGAAUUCAGGUUUGAUGUGGGCUCUGGUAUGGCAACUAUUCGUCACCCUACUCCCAUUAAACUGGGCGAGUUUCACACAGUGAAGCUCUAUAGGAAUCAGACUCAGGGCUCUCUUGUUGUGGAUGGAGAAGCUCCUAUAAAUGGGACCUCACAGGGAAAAUUCAAGGGCCUGGAUCUGAAUGAGGAGCUUUUUGUGGGCGGUUAUCCGAACUACAGCAUGCUUGCUAAAACUGCAGGCCUCAAGACAGGGUUUGUUGGCUGUAUCAAGCAGCUGAUUAUCCAAGGUGAUGAGGUCAUUUUCAAGGACUUUGAUAAAAGCUCCACUGGAGUUUCGAAUUGUCCCACUUGCAAGGACCGCCCAUGUCAGAAUGGUGGUAUAUGUGAGGACUCUACAGCCAGUCUCUACAAAUGCAGUUGCCAGAGAGGAUACACAGGAAGCAACUGUCAGCAUCACUCUUCCUGGCACUGUCACACAGAGGCCUGUGGACCAGAUGCCACCUGUAUUAACCGACCCAGUAGUUUGGGCUACGACUGCCGCUGUCACUUGGGCAAAUCUGGAAACAAGUGCAUGGAUGGUACUCUGGUAACAACGCCAUUGUUUGAUGGAGACGAGUCUUAUAUUGCAUAUCCUCCUCUUACUAAUAUUCAUUACGACCUCCGGAUUGAGAUGGAGUUCAAGCCCAUGGAUUCUGAUGGGCUGAUGUUCUUCAGCGGUGGCAAAAAGAUGAAAGUGGAGGACUUUGUGACGUUAUCCAUGGUGGACGGACAUGUUGAGUUCCGAUAUGAACUUGGUACAGGUCAAGCAGUUCUGCGCAGUCAGGAGCCCGUGUCUCUGGGUCAGUGGCAUCGCGUGGUGGCUGAGCGGCUCAAUAAGGACGGUUCCUUGAAGGUGGACCAUGCACGAGAGAUCACAAGGUCUUCUCCAGGCAAGGCCCAGGGCCUUAAUAUCCACACACCCAUGUAUCUGGGAGGAGUGCCCAGCAUGGACAUCCUGCCCAAACCCGCAAAUGUUAGCAUGCUCUUUGAUGGAUGCAUAGGAGAGGUCUUCAUCAAUGGAAAGAAGUUGGAUUUAUCAUACAGCUUCAUAGAUAGCAGAGCCAUCAGCCAGUGUAAAGAUGGCAACCCAUGUGACCGCAGGCCUUGUCUGCACGGAGGCUCCUGUAUGGCCAGUGCUGAGUAUGAGUACCAGUGCCUCUGCUCUGAAGGAUACGAGGGUGACCGUUGUGAAAUAGUGAGGGAGAGCUGUCGAGACUCCUCUCAGUGCCAGAACGGUGGCAGCUGUGUGAAUAACCACUGUGUGUGUCCCGCCGGCUACACAGGUCGGCACUGUGAGAAAGGGCAGGAGUCCAGCUUCACCGAGGCACUGUGGAAUUUGGAGGGUAGUGGGGGAAAUGACUCUCCUAUUGAAUAUUCUGCAUAUUUCCAUGAUAAUGGAUACCUGGCUCUUCCGAAGCCCAUGUUCCCACGAAGUGCUCCUGACUCUCCAGAGACCAUCGAGUUAGAGAUCAACACUGUCGCUAAAGACGGACUCCUCCUGUGGCAGGGAGUGGAGCCUGCAGGCGCUCUAAGCCUCCGUAAGAAGCAUGCUAGUAUAAAGGAACUAGGAGGUCAAGGAAAGGGGAAGGACUUCAUAAGUAUUGGUUUACAAAAUGGACAUAUUGUGUUUAGUUACCAGCUGGGCAGUGGAGAGGCUCAGAUUCUCUCCAGAGAGCCUGUCAAUGAUGGACAGUGGCACAUGAUCACUGCAGUCCGAACGGGUAAGCAGGGCUACCUUCAAAUCGAUGGAGGAUCUGUCCAACGUGGGCAAUCAGAAGGCAAAAGCAUCAUGGUGAACACCAAGGGCAACAUAUACCUGGGUGGAGCUCCAGACAUGAAAGCAUUGACCGGUGGGAAGUACUCAUCAGGUAUCACAGGCUGCGUGAAGAACCUCUCACUGAUGAACGCUCGACCGGGAGAACAGCCAGCACGACCUAUCGACCUGCAGGUCCACGCAGAGGAGGGCAUCAACGUGGAGCGCUGCUUAACAUAGACGCAGUACUAAAACACUAGCAGAGACUACAGAACUUUUUCCCCUCAUCCACAUUCACACUGAGAAACAUGCAUUUCUCAGACGCUUACAGGACAAACUACAGUCACACUUACACAGAGACAUACACUGAUACGUGUUUCUUGGUGCUUCACCGCAACCGAAAAAAACACACAAGAAGGGAUUCUUCGCUCUGUGCUGCAUUAAACCAAAAAAUAAGAAAAAUUAAUAUUAACAAGUCUUCAAUUUUUCAGUGUUUUAUGCUCAAUCAAGGACCUAUUAACACAGAAGCUCCGAACAGUAGCUUUUUAACCAUGAGAAAAAGAUGACAAAAAUGGUUUAAAAAAUAAACAUGAUGAGCCUUCUAUGGUGGGUCAGAUCCUAUGGAAUCGGAGAUAUUUUUACAGCAGUGAAUUUUUAUUUAUAAGCAUAUUAAUCUAUAUAUAUAUAUAUAUAUUAUAUUUGUGGGGGAAAUGCAAGCUAACAAUAACCUGCUCAUUUGUUUUCCUAGCAGUGAUUCUAGGCUCUAACAAUGCGUGUCUGAGGUUUAGUGCCCGAGCUGUGUUAAUACUUGAAGACUCUGCUGCUGCCUUUUACUCUGUUUGAGGGCCGGUGGGGGCGAGCAUGCUUAGAUACCAUGAGGAACGGGUCUCUGUGAGGUCACAGCACAGAAGACAUCAAGACGCAUCUCAGGUGAAGAUUGUUGCUUAAAAAAAAUAAAAAAUUGGGAGAUCAUAUAUACAGUGUUGACUGCAUAUAUUUGAAAUGACAUACCUUCCAUGCUUGAAAACAUUGUUGUGUCUGCUAAAUGUGUCUGGUAAUAUAAAAAACAUAUGGUGCUAAAUUCAGACAUGACAAAGGCAACAAAACAAGCACAUAAUCAUAGUUUCAGUUUCUUAAAAUAUUUACUUCUCUGAAUGGGUGUCAUUUGUUGUAAGAAAGAAAAGCUGUAGCUUUACAGUAAAAUAAAGCACUGUUUACUAAUUACAAUCCCUCAAGCCAAAGUACUGAGAAGUUAAUUUUAGAUUAAAAGUGGAUGUGUUGUCUCUAAAUUGUGUUGUCUCUAACAGAAUUAGAAUUAUUAAAAUUCUCGUAGUGGAUGACAAAUGUUACAUAAAAUCACACUGCAGCAGUUUUAAUUGUUUGGAAAGUAUUUUUAUUUUUUCAGUCUUAUGUUUUUCACAGUUUUGCUGUUAACAACCACAUUAUUUUACAUGAUAGAUUUGUAUGAAUGGUUUAGUGAGGUGUCUUUUUCCAUUACGUUCAUAUUCUAUUGGAGUCUUACACAGUUUACAUUGAAAAAAAGAGGAAAUGCGUGUCAUCUUCAAGAUCCUCCAGAGGGUUAACGGAGAACUGACUCAUUUACAGCAAACCAUUCAGGUUCAUGAUCUCAGUCAGAAUGUACAGGAAGUGAUUCUUUCUGGCUGCUCUCAUUGCAUAGAGAAAUGAACAUGAGAACAGACAGAGGAGAUGGAAUAGAAGGUCUAUAGAGAAAAUACUGCCUAGUGAAACCCCUCUUUUAUUAGUGCUGUGACUUGGAGCUCUAAUGAACAUGCUCGCCCACAUGGGCCAGACAGGGGUCAAAGGUCCCUUUGGCCCCCUUGUGUCUUUUUCACCAUUUUAUCACUAAGGCUUGUCUGUUAAUUUUCUUUUAAAAAAUGAGUAUUACUGCUUAAUUAAAGUUGCUUUACUUUUAUUAUUAUUAUUUGAUUCUGUCUUUUGUCAUCACUGAUUUCCGAGCCUGAAAUGGCUUUAAAGCAUGAUCGCACAAGCUGGUGGUUUUUCUUUUGCUAAUUUGUAAGGUGUAGUACACCUACUGCACCACUCAAUCUGUGCUUUCAUGUUUAAAUUUUUAUAUUGAGGUCAAAGAUUACAGAGGAAUCCAGUUCUGUUUUGAUAGCGUACAAUAAUCUCCCUCAAUAUACAUGAUGUGUGAGCUCAGUGUUUGGCAGGCUGGAACCAAAAGCCUCUUAAAAAGUGGCUUUUCAUGUCAAUUCAACCCUGAUGUCUGUAGGAGUCUUCUUGAAAGAUGAGUAAAAAGAUUCUAAUGUAAACGUCUCUCUGAUGUUAUUUAUUGAGGUUCAUUGUUCUCAGUGUUCUUACUCGUAUUGUAAUGCAUUAAAUGAA